AUGGAUUGUACAAAGGUCGAAUUUAAAAGUAAUACAUUUAUAUAUCGAGCUGAACAAUGGGAGAUCGAUAGUGAUAAGACUUCCGAAGAUGUAGAUGAUGAAGAAACACUCGAAUCUUAUACACUUUCGAUUGAUUUAUCAAAUUCUACAUCAUUGAAAAAGUUUACGAAUCAAACGAUCGACUUCACGGGAUUUAAAUUCGUUAUUCAAAGUCUUUCAUUAGCCAACCAACAAGGUCCGUGUAUCAUCACAUCGAAUUCGUUCAAAUCAUCGAUCUACGAGACACUGAAUGCUUUGAAUUUAUCAUUCACCUGUACGAAACAAAUCCCGAAUGAUUGUCCUGAAAUCUUCCGACCGUUGAAAAAACUUCAAACGCUCGAUUUAAGCGGAUCAGACAUGUACAAAACUUGUCUAAAUAAGCCAGAUACAUUUUCCUACAUAUUCGAUCAUCUGAUAUUACGCAAUAAUGUCUAUGAAAGGAACGCAUUCACUUCCUCGAGCGGAUUGUUCGACGGUGUGAAGAAAAUUUCUCAACUGGACUUACAAAAUUCUCGUUUUCAAUCCGAUGCAGAUGGAAGCGAAACUUGUCUAUUUGACAUAUUUCCGUCGUUGAAAGUAUUAGAUCUGUCAAACAUUCAAUCAGAUGACAUAGACAUCAACACAUUUAUAGAGCGUCUACUGAAAUGCGAUACAACAACAUCAAACAAGAAACCAUUGGAACAUUUAUCAUUACGUUCUUUGAAACUUUCAAAACUACCUGCUUGGUUAGCAAGCGAAUCAUUUACAUAUCUAAGUCGACUUGACUUAUCGUACAAUUACUUCCACAACAUUGAUUUGCAAGGAUUCAUAUAUCUCCGCUCGAUAUCACUAGCGUACAAUCCGAUUGAAUUCGAUAAAAUUCUCUGGAGGAACGAGACGGUUUACCGAUCAAUUAACCUGCGCUCAACGGUUCGAUAUUCCAAAUUCGAUCUAGUACAUCAUCUAAACAGUCUAUUGGACUUAGCUCAAGAUAUUGACUACAGUCAAAAUCAAGGUGAAGAUCUCUUUAAUGUAACUCAACUUUCUAUUCAAGCGCGUGAUACUUUUCUGAAUUUCUCGCGAAUGAAUAUCAAGGCGUUUGGUAUCGAUUCAGAUACUGUUAAAGCAUUAGAUGUCAGUUCGAACUACUUAACGAAUCUCGACUUAAGUCAACAGAGAGAAUUGAAAUAUUUGGAUUGUUCAAAUCAGACUCUUCAAACGCUGAGUUUAAGACACCGUUUAUCGACAUUAAGAGAAUUACGAUGUUCAAACAAUAAUUUAACAGUAAUCGGCAACUUUCUAUCGAUAAGCACCUCGUAUUUAGAAACUCUUCAAACGCUGAGUUUAAGACACCGUUUAUCGACAUUAAGAGAAUUACGAUGUUCAAACAAUAAUUUAACAGUAAUCGGCAACUUUCUAUCGAUAAGCACCUCGUAUUUAGAAGUACUUGAUUUAUCGAACAACGGAAUUGAUUCAUUACGAGACUACUUUACACAUUUGAAAAGUCGUACAUUGCGGCAAGUUAAUUUUCGAUCGAAUUUCAUCCGUAUUGUUCGUUCGAAGACAUUCCAUAGAGACUUGGUCAGUCUCGUGGAAAUCGACUUAUCGUGGAAUCAAAUCGAGAAAAUUGAAAAAAACGCAUUUCAAGCACGAAAUCUUCAAAUUCUUGAUUUGACCGGCAAUUCACUGAAAACUAUCGAACCAAACGCUAUAUUCACUGCGUCAUUACGAUAUUUUUAUAUUUCUUCUAUCGGACCAGAUUUAACUGAUCGUUGUUUACAAACGAAAUCAAAAGAUCCUUUGUUAUCGCUGUAUUUCAAUUGGUAUCGACAAAAUGCAACAUUGAUGAAGAAACUUCCAGUGAAAUUCAGCUCGUGUCUUACUCGUUAUCUACCUGAAAGUAAACUUAAGCGAUUGACAAAGAAAACGAAACAAAUGCUCGGUAUCUACGGUCUAUGGAUAAUCGUAGGUUUAGUUGUUGUUGUAGUCAUCUUGGCUCUUUUACGACAUUAUCGGAACACAGGAUUUCCAUUUUUCAGAGCGUUUCGAAAGUAUAAAAAAGUCGAACGACAAGAGUUAAUUGAGAAUGAAAUCGAAAUGGCUGGACAUAGUCAAGAAGAUGAUAUCGUCAUGAAUAUGGAAGAACUACCUUACAAUAAAUACAACAAUCCUCCUCGUACAGAUGUUUAA